AUGAUCUUUAGCUUUUUCCUCGUUCAAUUUUACGUUUAUCUUUUGGCUAAUACGGUAGCAUUUGCUGCUCCUCUAGAAGCCAUUCCAGCUCUUGCUGGCGGUUAUUUUCAACCGGCUUAUGGAAGUGGUAGCGGUACUGGAUCCGGCACUGGAAGUGGUACCGGUACAGGCACUGCUAUGACCAUCGCUGCGCCGGUGGGACAAUAUUCUAGCACUGACGGUACUGCUGAAGGCUUGUUUAAGCGUUACACAAUGUCUAUGACUCCGCCUACGACUGGAACUCCAUCCACGAAAUUUGGAAAUAUCAAACCGCAGCCUUAUGUCAUUGUCGAAGGUCAACCUUUCGCUAUGGGUCCUGGUCCACAGAUCACAAGAAACUAG